CAAAUAAUUUGAGCUAUGGCAGACCUGUACGACUCAGAUGAAGAGGAAUUGACGAUAGAGAAUGACGCCGUUCUCACCAAAUACAAAACUGCUGGAGAAAUCAGCAACUUGGUUUUGAAGGCAGUUAUAAAUGAAGUUAUCCCCGGAGCGAAUGUUAUCGAUAUUUGCUCUUUUGGUGAUAAGAUGAUUUUAGAUGAGACAGCUAAACAUUACAAGAAAGAUAAGUCACUGAAGAAAGGAAUCGCUUUUCCUACUUGCAUCUGCGUCAACGAGAUUGUGUGCCAUUUCUCGCCAUUACGAAGUGACCCAGUAGUUACCAUCAAGGAAGGAGAUCUCGUUAAGAUCGAACUUGGAGUUCACAUAGAUGGUUAUGCAGGAGUGGGGGCUCACUCAGUUAUAGUCGGAUCAACUGCUGAAUCCCCAGCCACUGGAGAGAUGGCAGAUGCUGUUAUGGCAGCUCACUAUUGUGCUGAAGCCGCACUUAGACUCAUAAAGGCUGGAAAUACCAACGAGCAGAUAACAGAGGUGAUCCAGAAGAUAACCGCCGCGUACAACUGCUCACCAUUGGAGGGAAUGUUGUCAUACGAAAUAAAGAGAUAUCAGACAGAGGGCGCGACUGAUAAGCAGAUAGUUCUUAACCCAAAUGAAGCUCAGAAGAAGGAAAUCAAAAGUAUGGAGUUUGCAGUUCACGAGGUAUACGCAAUGGACGUAUUCGUGACACCAGGAAGUGGCAAGAUGAAGGAGUCCAACGUGAGCACCACCGUUCACAAACGAUCUGAUGAAACCUAUCUCCUCAAAAUGAAAGCUUCUCGAGCGUUCUUCAGCGACGUUUGCCAGCGUUUCACCCUGAUGCCCUUCACACUGAGAGCAUUUGAAGACGAGAAGAAGGCUAAGAUGGGGCUGAAGGAGUGCGUCACACACGAGCUGGUUCAUCCUUAUCCUGUUCAGCAGGAUACAGAUGGAAAGCCUGUCGCUCAAUUCAAAUACACAGUAUUAGUAGUUCCAAACGGUAAUAUCAGAAUCAAUGGCGGACUUUUCGACUCUAGUUUGUUUAAAUCAGAACAUAAAAUUGAAGACAAAGAUGUGUUGGCACUCUUAGCACAAUCUGCUAAUCGUAAGGCUGGUGGCAAGAAGAAAAAGAAGAAGGCUAAAUCUGCAGCUGAGGAAGCUAAAGUUGAAGCCGCCGCCGAAAAUUAGUGUUGACAAAUUCUUUUUAAUGAUGAAUUUUUAUUGGAAUGGUAUUUAUUUUA